UUGAAGAGGUGCCCGGAUGACAGGUGUCUGCUAGCCAUUGUAGGAUUCAUUAUGCAUUUCAGUGAAAUAUUCAUUGUUUCUGGCACGGAAUCUGUUCUGUUAUAUAAAUCUUUCAGAUUAGAUACAGUCUUAAAGACCAAGGAUAUUUUCUUACAAACAUUAAAGGAACCUGGAACAAAUAUAUCACCACAUUUUAAAUUAAAGGAAACUUACUUUUUCAACAUAAAAAGAGGAGGGCUGUAUUUUGUUGCUACCUCUGGACAUGAAAUCUCACCUAUUAUGGUUAUUGAAAUCUUAUGCAGACUUUAUAGUAUAUUGAAAGAUUUUUGUGGAACAGUUACUGAGGAUUCUGUUCAAGCCAACAAUUUGCUGAUCUUAGAAGUACUUAAUGAUUUUGCUGAUUCUGGCUAUGUUCAAAUAGCUUCAACAGAGAAGUUACAGCCAUAUAUUCAAUCUCGUCCUGUUAUGGUUAAACAGUCCAGAGAAGUCACUAGUGAUAUAACUUCCAGAGUUUUUGGAAUAGAGACGAAAGUAUCUCCUGGUUCAUCAUCCAUUAGAUCUGUAGUCAUGUCACCUGUAACUGAUCCGGAUUCUGUUAAGAAUGAAUUAUAUAUUGACAUCAUUGAAAAGCUUACUGCUGUUAUAAAUGCAAAUGGAACAGCCUCUACUUUGGAAGUUUCAGGUGAAAUGAUUGUGAAAAAUUUUGUUAAUGGGAAUCCACAAAUUAAAAUAGGACUAAAUGAAGAUUUGGAUAUUCUGGAGGGAAAAAGUAAAGGCUAUGGUGACCAUGUGCAACUAGAUAAAUGUAACUUUCACCCAUGUGUCAAAUUAGAAGAAUUUGAAUCAUCAAAAGUAAUUGUCAUGGUUCCUCCUGUGGGUGAGUUUUCAGCCAUGCUUUACAGUACCAGUGGAGAAAUAGCAUUAAAUGUGCCAUUCAGAGUUCUAGCCUUUAUAGAUGAUGCUGAAAAUAGUAGAGACAAAAUACUUACGCUACGAUUAAAAAAUGAGCUUCCAUCAAAUUAUAAUGCUGUCAAAGUCAUCAUUAGACUGAAAAUACCAAGAUGUGUUAGUAGAAUGUCUCAGCAAUUGAAUGAACCAGAUCAAACAGCAGAAUUAACAGAAAAUCAGGAUAUAGUAUGGACCAUGAAGAAAUUUCCUGGCAGAGCCGAAUAUGUAGCAAAUUUUAGAUUGAUAAAUAGUACAAGUUCAGAGAUAAAGAAAUAUGAUAUUGGUCCUAUUAGGAUGGAUUUUGAGAUAUCUGGAUACACAAGUUCUGGACUUCAAAUAAAAGGUCUCAAAGUUCAAGAAAUGGGAAAGAAAAUAAACUUAAACAAAUGGAUAAGACUUAUUACUGUUAGUGAUUCUUAUGUUAUUAAAUUAUGGCCAUGAAUUUGCAUUAAAUUAUCAAACAAUG